GUUCUUGAUCUUCUUCAUCCUUAGUCUUGCCAGAAAAGACCGAUCUUUGAUUCUUCCCCCACCUGCCUCUCUCUCUCUCUCUCUCUCUCUCAAGAAUCAAGAAUUCAAGAGCUUGUUAUGGAAAGCGAGCGCUACGACGCGGUUAUGGAGGAGAAGCAGCGGAUCAAGAGACGGCCGCCGCACCAGCAGGGGCGGCAGCAGCAGCAGCAGCAGGAGAGGCCGUACCGGGGUAUCCGGAUGAGGAAGUGGGGCAAGUGGGUGGCCGAGAUCAGGGAGCCCAACAAGCGGACCCGGAUCUGGCUCGGCUCCUACGCCACCCCCGUGGCCGCCGCCCGCGCCUACGACACGGCCGUCUUCUACCUCCGCGGCCCCUCCGCCCGCCUCAACUUCCCCGACCUCAUCUGGCGCGAGGGGCGGGACUCGCUGCGGGAGAUCUCGGCCGCCUCCAUCCGCCGGCGGGCCGCCGAGGUCGGGGCCCAGGUCGAUGCCGUCCAGGUGCAGGCGGCGGGGGCGGCGGCCAAGCCGUGGCCGUGCCGGGCCCCGGACUUGAACGAGUACCCGAAGCUGGAGGACUUGGAGGAGAUUCAUCACGAGUCUGUCUUUUGAAUUACUUUCUUCAUGGGAAGAACCAGGUUCAGGAAGAAUUACUGAUCGCCCCAGAUGAAAGAGGCAUUAAUUUAGGCCAGGGCUGGUGAGACUGAAGGAGCAAAUGAAGAACAGCGAUCUCUUUGCGCGCGCAGAUCAGCGCAACGUCGGUCUCCAGUUUUUGUCAAGAAAAGAGAUUGUAGAGCCUCUUAGUUCUUCGAGUGUGGCAGGAGAAUUGAUUUCUAUUUGUUGACCGUAAUUUUUCUUUCUCUUCUUCCUUUUUUUCAAAGAAAAGAGAUCAAUCCAGCGAAACGAUACCGACCAAGAACACAAUACUAAAUGAAUGCUUGCUUAUGGUCUAA